ACGACUAUUCGUUGAUCGGCCACUUAUUGCAAAAACUAUUUUCAAUUCUCGAAUAUGACUCGAAAUCCCUCACAACAUCUCGCCGUAAAUUAUCAUCCGCCACGAUGUCACACAGAACAUAUAACAUCGCUAUGGUUAGCGAUUUCUUCUUCCCGCAGCCAGGAGGAGUUGAAAGCCACAUUUACCAACUUGCAACCAAGUUAAUCGACCGAGGGCAUAAAGUUAUUGUAAUUACACAUGCCUAUGAUGACCGAAAAGGGAUUCGAUACUUGACCAACGGCAUUAAGGUCUUUCACGUACCCUUCGCCAUUAUCUAUCGUUCCACUACAUUUCCAACCGUGUUUUCGUUCUUCCCUCUCUUCCGGAAUAUUAUGAUUCGAGAACAGAUCGAAAUUGUCCAUGGCCAUGCCAGUUUAAGUAGUCUCUGUCAGGAGGCUAUGCUACACGGCAGGACAAUGGGAUUGCGCACUGUCUUUACAGAUCAUUCAUUAUUCGGAUUCGCUGAUGCAGCGAGUAUCUUGACUAAUAAGUUGUUGAAAUUUACUCUUAGCGAUGUCGACCACGUCAUCUGUGUCAGUAAUACAUGCAAGGAAAAUACAGUUCUGCGAGCGGCGUUAGAUCCUCUUAUGGUCUCCGUCAUUCCCAAUGCACUCGUCUCCGAGCAUUUUAGACCGCUCCCUCGCCCGGAUCCGAGCACCAUGACAUACGUUCAGCACCCGCUACCAGCACACCCUCUCGGCCCGAACGAUACUCUCGUCAUCGUGGUCGUUAGUCGUCUCUUUUAUAAUAAGGGAACCGAUUUAUUAACCGCUGCCAUACCUCGAAUUCUCGAAAAUCACCCUAAUACCCGAUUUAUAAUUGGUGGAUCGGGACCAAAGGCUAUUGAACUAGAACAGAUGAUUGAACAAAACGUAUUGCAGGACAAAGUGGAGAUGCUAGGAUCUGUGCGACACGAGAAUGUGCGGGACGUGAUGGUGCGGGGACACAUUUACCUGCAUCCUAGUUUGACCGAAGCCUUCGGAACCGUUAUUGUCGAAGCGGCCAGUUGCGGACUAUACGUAGUAUGUACAGCAGUAGGCGGCAUUCCGGAAGUCCUCCCGUCGCAUAUGACUGUGUUCGCGAAGCCCGAAGAAGACGACUUAGUCGCAGCGACGGGACGAGCGAUCGCUGCACUGCGCGCUAAUAAAAUCCGCACAGAGAAAUUCCACGAGCAGGUUAAGACUAUGUACUCUUGGACUAACGUGGCGAAGCGCACCGAGCGCGUAUACCGCGGCAUCUCGGGCGAUAUCAGCGAAGCCGAGUUUUACGGCUUCGACGUUAAUAACGAUCCACAUUGGCAUGCGACUCGGGGUCGCAACUUCGCGCUCAUCGAUCGCCUCAAACGCUACUACGGAUGCGGUGUCUGGGCUGGAAAGUUGUUCUGUCUUUGUGUUAUUAUCGAUUAUUUAUUAUAUGUGUUUUGUGAAUGGUUCUGGCCCCGCGAUAGCAUUGAUAUCGCAAGGGAUUGGCCACGCAAGAAGUUUCACGACGACGAUGAUGACUAAUUUUGGUUAUGAAGGAUUAUAGAAAAUACUUAGAGCUGGAUGGUGUCAUGAUGGGGCUUGUACGAAUUCUUAUACCACGGAUGGGCGGCAGGCCAUUGCAUAUCAGCGACUUCGAAUCUUUUCGCCAUUAAAAAGGGUGUUGGCUAAGGCCAAAUAUGGGGUUAUCAUUACGAUGUAAACAUUAUUCUAGGUGUGUUCAGCUGCCCACCUGCUGCGACUCCGAUAUAGACUCUCCGCGGCUUCUGCUCAUC